AUGACAUGUAAUUUGAUAUUUUUUCUUUUUAUACUAAUCUGCAACAUCUUUAUAUUUAAGGAGUCUAAUUUUUAUUUGGAGGUGGGUUUCAUUAAAAUAAAGGCUGUUGGUGGGGAUGACUCAAGCCAAUAUGAUAGCUCUGUAAGUACUAAUAAUGGUGAAGAUCUAAGCGAUGACGAAAACAACAAUGAAUACGACGAAAACUCUGCUACAAGUUCUAAUAGGAAAAGUUCUGUAUCACUUGAACCAGGAAAUAAUUCAGUAUAUAUUUCUAAGGGAAAUGCAUACUUUGAAAAAUGUAUUGGGAAUGUUUGUAUCUUUAGCUCAUUCAAUGAUUCAGUUAAGUUCCUUUUAUUUGAAGCCAAAAUUAGAGAAUUGGAUCUUUCCCUUUUAGAGUGCCAGAAAAUUGUUCAUUUUUAUUUGAAAUCGAAAUUUACACCCAAAACCGCAGUAAAGAAUGAACUUGUUAUUAACAUCAAAGAUCUGAUUAAUCUUAUGAUCAAGUAUGUUAGGACAGAGGGAAGAUGUCUGCUAAGAGUCUAUCAAAAAGAGUCAUCUAAAAAAUCAAGAGAUAGCUCUAGAAGUACUAAUAAAGUACAUGACAAAUCUGAUUCUGACACUGAUUCUAGUCUUGAGUCUGAUCCAAAAACUAACUUUGGUGCUGCACCAAGCAUCGCCAUUGGCCCAGUUGGCAGUAAAAUUUACUAUCUCUUAAGAAAUUUCUCAGAAGGCUCCUCAAAAGCCUCAAAUAAGUCUUCAAAAGGCCAUGUUUCUGAAGGCCCUUCUGCAUCAAUACCUUUGGGCAAAGAUGUUAUAUCGAGUACUCAAAGGGACGACAUUUCAAGCAGAGAUUCCUCCCAAGCCUCAGUCCCAGUUUCUAAUCUUGAUCAAGAACUUGAGUUUGAAGAAAGCCCAGAAAUGGAGAUAGAGGAAGAUCAGGAACAUAUCACCCCUCAACAAGGAGAAGAUUACAAUAUUGAGUACGAGGAUGAGGGAAUGGAAAGCCAAGUGAAUCAGGAAAUGAUUGUUAAAAACUUGGACUUAAAUACUAGAAGCGCUAUUCCUUUGAAAGAGAUUGAGAUGGAAAUUGAUCUUGAAGAUCCAUGGAGGAAUUUGAUCACAAUGUUGUUAUACGAACCAGUAAGGAGAUCUUCUUUAGUAUAUAGAGAAGAACACUGUAAAAAAAUAGUAAAGACAACUGGGAGGAUUAUAGCUUUUUUAGUUAAGGCUAGCUGCAAGUUACGCCUUUCUUUGAGUGAUUAUAACAGGAAGAAAUGCAGGGAAAAAAACAAAGUUUCAGGACUGCUUACAGGAUGUCAUAAAUUAAGAACUAAUAUCAAAAAAUAUCUCAACUUGUAUUCCAAAUUCAGAUACGACCUAGUUGAUUCAGUUGUAGCUAUUACUCAAUGCUCAAUUGCCAAAAAUAACUACCUGUCUCAAACUGAUCAAAUAAUUCUGAAUGAUUCUGAAGACAGUUUAACUAUUCAAUGUACUUUAAAAGAAUAUUACUUUUCUAUUGAUUUUCAUAUAUUCUUAUCAUUCAUCAUUAAUGCAUAUAACUCUGCAAAGGAAAAGUUAGAACAAUUUAUCUCAAGUGGCUGUGAAUCAACAUGUUUAACAAGAUGUGGGAAAAAGCCACGACUUUGCUCUUGUCUGGAGCAUUCUUUCAAUAAUAUUUUUGCAGACAAAAUUAAUAUGGAGUCUUACAACUUUUACCUAAACAAAAGAAUAUCUAUGUGUAAAGACUACCUAGUUAGGAACUAUUUAUACUCGAAUAAUAUCCCUGAAUCUGCCGAGUAUAUCUCAACUUCCGGAAAUAGAUAUAAACUUGAGCAAUUUGAUUAUAUCCAGUUAGUACAAUUCCCGAGAGUGUAUCCAUUCAAUCUAAAAAAACUUAGUAUUAUCAAAUCAAACAUAUAUGAACUCUUACUAAAUCAUAUUAAUACUCGAGAACAACCUACUCAGCUCCCCGUGGCCAAGGAAAACUCUACAAGUGGCACUUCAAAACAAAAACAAAAAUCUAAAUCUAAGUUCAAUCUUAAAUUAAUGCGGAAAAACGGAAAGAAAGGCACCAAUGAAAAUAAUAAUGUUCAUCCUUCUGUCCCCCAGGCUAAUUCUCAAGAUAGUUGGACUUAA